GAUCAGGCAGAUUCCCAGGGAAGGACUUGGAGCUAUGCCUGGGUUUUGAGGCCAGGCUGGCACCUCCACUUCCAGGGCAUCACGGGAGGGUGCAUGGGCUGUGCUCGCAGGCAUGCGGGACCCAGAGGCAGCCCGGUGAAGGGUAGUGGGGGACUCGACUCACUGUGGGCCUGGGGAGGUGUGGUUUCUCUCUGCCGGCUUAGUUACAGGUGGUGGCCUGUCUCUCCGGGGUCUGGCUGUAGCCAUGUCCCUGCACUCACCUUGCCAGCCAGGGACAGGCCCCAUCAAGACCCAGGAGCAGCUCCAGCCUCAGCCAGACUGCCCCCGAGGUCCCAAGUGAGGCCCCAGCCACUCAGGCAUGCCUCAGGAAGCUCCUGCUGCACAUGCUCCUCUCCCUGCGCCAGCACCCUGCUGUCUGGCUUCCUUCCUUUGGCCACAGGGCGGGCGUGUGUGAAACCACAGGGUUUACAGAAGCUCGAGGUGCCACUGAGUGGCAGGAUUAUGCACUGCACUCGGGGAAUCAAAGGUGGAGGCAGAAAAAACUAUGGCUGUUGUGACACGUCCCCCACGGCUCCCCGGUUGGCAGCCACUGCCACCUGCAGGGACUUUUCUGUGGCUUCCAGAGGUGUGGGGCAAAAGUGGAGUCCGGUGACUUUCUCCCUAGGGCCAGCCCCUGGGCUGUCGAGCCUGGGAAACUCCACAUCCCUCUCCACACCUCUAGAAGGACUCACAAUGAGGGGGGCCCAGACAGGAGGCAUCACCACCUGGUUUGGGCUUUACCAUUCACCCAGGGAUAAGGCAAGGCAAACACCACUCCACAUCAGAUCUGAAUUUGAGCUCUGGCUUCAUGACAUUGACACAUGAAGACUCUUGGAGCCUCAGUUUCCCCAGUUGUUAAAUAGGGAGACUAAUAUCUCACAGAGUUGUUUAGACCCGAGGCGUUCAACCUUGGUGGCAAUGGAUGU